AAGUGAGUGAGAGCGACUGCCAGAAGGAAAAGCGAGGAGUAGGCGGGAGCCCGGCUCCUGCGCCCCAGGCCAGUGGGAGGGCGGAGCCGGGCAGUCCGCGGCCAGCCAGGACGCACGGAAGUGCUGUGGAGUUCGCCCAAUUCCCCAGCCUGCUUUUCCUUCUCCCUCCCUCUCCCCACCCCUCACCUCCCCCCCGCCACUCACCUCCCCCCCGUCGGCUAUUCCCUCCUUCCUCGGGACGCCACCUCCCGGAAUCGCCUUUUUUGUUGUUGUUUUGGAGCUGGCUUCUCACUGGAGGCGCAGAGGGGCUGCGAACGCUGGAGAGGAAGGCGGGCUGGGGGCGCAGCCCGCCGCCCACCGGCGGGACCCCGCGGGGCAGAGCGGAGGACGGACAGUCGGCCGGGCCAUCUGCUCUCCAGAGCUCACUCUCCAAACUCCUGUUGAGUGUGUGCGUGCACGCGAAGGGUGGGGGUCCACGUCCCGCGUGCGGGGACCGUUUACCGCGGGGUUACCUUUGGCCGGGGGUCCUUGGACUCAGAUCUGGGUCAGCUUCAGGCUCAGAAACUGCUGAGGAAUUAGGCAAACAAAAGAGGUCACUCAGCUAGUGGCCAGAAGUCGCCCGAGCGCCUCGUCGCGUCCCCUCCUUUCCCCGGGGCGGGGGCCGGUCACUUGGGGGCGGGGAGAGGGCGCCCCAGCCGGCUGGGGGCUGGGGGCCGGGCCGGGCCGCCGGGGUCGAAGCGUUGGCGGCCUGUUGUGUAAGCCUCAGUCCUUGUUUUCCCGGCCUGGCUCGUUGUGAAGCCGGACACAUCCACCCUUGGAUUCGAUUCAGGAGGCUGCUGCUUUUCUCCUUGCCCCUCUUGGAUUUUCUGGAUUUUUGAAAACCCAGUGGCCCAGGAAGAGGAGGAGGAAGGAGGAAGGAGCAGAUCUACAGAGGAAUGUGAGAGCCUCCCAAGGCCUGUGGAGCCAGAAGGAGCUGGGAGCCAGAGCUGCCGGGGUUUCUGGGAUGGUGGUUUCUGAGUGAUUCUCUUCUAUUUUAGAACAUCGUUCCAGUGGAGAGUGUCGAAUUCUUGCCCUCUCAGAGCUGACUUCUCCGAGUCACUUGACUCUUCUUCUGGGAGUGGGAGGAGGAGAGACUCUCCCUUUUAGGGGCUGAGGAAGGAAGGGAGGAAGACCAUGGACAUGAGCUCUCCCUGCUCACAGGCGUGUGCAGGGAGACCUGUUUCUGGGCCGUGGACAUUGCUUUGAAGAGAGGGAGGCUGGACACCAUCUGUGGGUGCUGAGACCCCACCGUAGGGGCUGAGAGACUGAGGGCUGUGGCAGACCUUGAGCUGCUAGUGCAUUCUUGGAAAACCUAGCAAGUGUCCCCAGUUCUGGGCAGGACUCUGUCCUCAUCUUUCUCUACCACUGGCCCAGACAUGGCACUAAAAGGCCGAGCCCUCUAUGACUUCCGCAGCGAGAACAAGGAGGAAAUCAGCAUCCAGCAGGAUGAGGACCUGGUUGUUUUCAGCGAGACCUCGCUGGAUGGAUGGCUGCAGGGCCAGAACAGCCGUGGUGAGACAGGGCUCUUCCCUGCCUCUUACGUGGAGAUCAUCCGCUCUGGCACCAGCUCCAACCAUGCCGACUACUCCAGCAGUCCUGCAGGCUCUCUGGGGACUCGGGUGAGCUUAUACGACAGCUCCAGAGUGGCAGACCCUUCCUGGAGUGGUGGGGGCAGUGGCUUCCUCUCAAACCAGGGUAGUUUCGAGGAGGACGAUGAUGAUGACUGGGAUGACUGGGAUGAUGGAUGCACAGUGGUGGAGGAGCCACGGGCUGGUGGGCUGGGCACCAACGGGCACCCCCCACUCAACUUCUACCCUGGUGCCUACCCCAGCCAACACAUGGCCUUCCGGCCCAAACCACCCCUGGAGCGGCAGGACAGCCUGGCAUCUGCCAAGCGAGGCAGCGUGGUGGGACGCAACCUCAACCGCUUCUCGUGCUUUGUGCGCUCUGGCGUGGAGGCCUUCAUCCUGGGUGAUGUGCCCAUGAUGGCCAAGAUCGCUGAGACAUACUCCAUUGAAAUGGGCCCUCGCGGCCCCCAGUGGAAGGCCAACCCCCACCCAUUUGCCUGCUCCGUGGAGGACCCCACCAAACAGACCAAAUUCAAGGGCAUCAAAAGCUACAUCUCCUACAAGCUCACACCCACACACGCUGGCUCACCUGUCUACAGGCGCUACAAACACUUCGACUGGCUCUACAACCGCCUGCUGCACAAGUUCACUGUCAUCUCGGUGCCCCACCUGCCAGAGAAGCAGGCCACAGGCCGCUUCGAGGAGGACUUCAUUGAGAAGCGGAAGCGGCGGCUCAUCCUCUGGAUGGACCACAUGACUAGCCACCCCGUGCUGUCCCAGUACGAGGGCUUCCAACAUUUCCUUAGCUGCCUGGAUGACAAGCAGUGGAAGAUGGGCAAACGCCGGGCCGAGAAGGACGAGAUGGUGGGCGCCAGCUUCCUGCUCACCUUCCAGAUCCCCACGGAGCACCAGGACCUGCAGGAUGUGGAGGACCGUGUGGACACCUUCAAAGCCUUCAGCAAGAAGAUGGACGACAGUGUCCUGCAGCUCAGCACCAUAGCAUCGGAGCUGGUGCGCAAGCAUUUGGGGGGCUUCCGCAAGGAAUUCCAGAAGCUGGGCAAUGCCUUCCAGGCCAUCAGUCAUGCCUUCCAGAUGGACCCCCCCUUCAGCUCCGAAGCCCUCAACAGCGCCAUUUCUCACACGGGCCGUACCUAUGAAGCCGUGGGUGAGAUGUUUGCCGAGCAGCCCAAGAACGAUCUCUUCCAGAUGCUCGACACGCUAUCUCUCUACCAGGGCCUGCUCUCCAACUUCCCCGACAUCAUCCACCUGCAGAAAGGUGCCUUCGCCAAGGUAAAGGAGAGCCAGCGCAUGAGUGACGAGGGCCGCAUGGCGCAGGACGAGGCAGAUGGCAUUCGCAGGCGCUGCCGCGUGGUGGGCUUCGCCCUGCAGGCUGAGAUGAACCACUUCCACCAGCGCCGCGAGCUCGACUUCAAGCACAUGAUGCAGAACUACCUGCGCCAGCAGAUCCUCUUCUACCAGCGGGUAGGCCGGCAGCUGGAGAAGACGCUGCACAUGUAUGACAGCCUCUGACCACGUGUCCCUGGUCCUCUUCCUGCCCCUGGGGCCUGUUGGCUGCGGUGCAUGCUGCCCUCCGGACCUUCCCACACCAGCAGUGCCUGGCUGGUCAGGGGUGGGCUUUGGAGGAGUCAUGGAUAUCCCUGGGGAAGUCCCCCACCCCUUAGAGAUAGGGGCACAGCAGGGGUGAGGAUGGGGCCAGGAGCCCUCCAGGCCAAGGCCUGGGCUGCUGGUCAGUCACUUGAGGUCAGGCCAGGGUCUUAGCCUCCCCUAGAGCCUAUAGCGCUCGCUCACCUGGCCACCAUCCCCUCGUUCAUUCAGCAGAUGCGCAGGCCUGCUGCGGCUCCGGGUCAGACACUGGGCAUCCAGGGCUGUGACACGCCUGCUCUUGGGGAGUCCCCAGCUGAGGUGGGGGUCAGACCCAGCAACAGGCAGGGGCAAUACAGAAGGAUUGAUGGUAAAUAGCUCGCAGAAGGGACCACUCGUUCUGCGAGUCAGGGAUGACUCCAUGGAGUAGUGUCUUGAAGAAUGACAAGGACCUGCCAGACAGUAAGUGGGGACACUAGAUGGGGAGGGCAUUCAGAGGAGAAGAACAGCAUGGGCAAGGCUGUGGAGGCAUGGAAAGACCCCGUCUUCUCUCCUUUACCUUUCCCAAGCAAGUUUGGUGCACCCCUCGGUGGUGUCCCUUGUGUGACAGAGGGGGGGGAUCUGCCUUGCUCCCAUGCCCCUGUCCCCGCCCCCCCCCACAGGAGGGGCUGCAGGCCAGCUCCCUCCUGACUCCCCUUCACCAGCUGAGCCCCCUCACCCCUUGGUUAGGGGACCAUGCAGCAUCUUUGCCCUGGGCUCAAGGUGCUAAGAUAAGUCUCGGAUCCCAGGACCCUGGUGGCACCUUCCUGGAGGGGACACCCAAAAGUUACUGGGUAUUUGAGUUCACCAGCAAUAGCUCCCACACUCCAAGCAGGCUUGGGCCUCAGGCUCCCAGGGGCCAGCUUACCCACCACCCCAGGGAUCCUCGGCCCACCUGCCCACAGCCAGCCUCACUGUGAUGCCAGUUCAGGUCCUGGUGGGAUUGUGCUGUCUUCUAUCCAUGUUUACAUCCUCAAGGGGGCUCCCCCCAUACCCCCAGGCCAGCGCGUGGUCCAGCAGUGGGUUGGGGGAACUGACAGGUGCCGCUGCUGCACCCCCUCCAGGAGGUCAUGGCUGUUCCUGGCUGCUGCUGCUUCAGUCUUCUUUCUUUCUUGUUUUCUUGAUAAACCUUUUACAGUUAAGAUAACAAAAAUAUGACUCCUUAUUUGGAUCCCAGGGGGUGUGAGGGUGGGGGAAAGGAUACAGCCCUAAUUGUCCCUGGGAGCGAUUGGACUAGAUUCUGAGGUUGUGAUGGGCACAACAUUUACCCCAGAACCUCAGAAGUUGGGGGGAGGACGGUGCUGGAGGCAGGGGCUAGUUGGGGACCUCUGGGUGGCCCUGGACCCCAGCUGGAUGCAUACCCUUCCCAGACCUCACUCUCCUCAUCUCUCAAAUGGGUGGAGUCUUGCCAGGGGUUUGGCUUUGCUGCUCUGUGAUCUAGGACUGAAGGUCACGUGAGGAAGGGACAGUCUAAUCGAUAGGGGGGGUUCCUCUCCCCAGGAGGGCAUAUCCCAGCCUUGCCCCCAGGAAAGCCCCAGUCCAGGGGAGGGGGUGGGUCUCAGAACCUGUGUCCUUCCCCAAGCCGUCCAGUCCAGGCUGCCCAGCCCUGCAGUGGCUGCCCAGUUGGAAACUGAGGUGGACCCCCCAGCUAUGCCCUUGGGGGUGUCCCAGGCAGGAUGAACAGGAAUCUGUUUGCACACGGGAAGGAGGAGGGCUGGGGGGCCGCGAUUCUCUUGGGGCAAUGGGGACUUGG